AUGGUUCAUGUCUCGGGCUGUGAACAAGAUAUAGUGCUGCCUUGCCUAAGACUGAUUCUUUCCAAUUCUGUGUGCGACUCUCCCGACUGUCCUCAAGGCGAGAAAGUGCUGCACCGUUCUUCACUGUUGAUUGUGAAUGGCGAUUUAGAAAGGCUCGAAAGACAAACUUAUUUGGAGCUGAUGCUCCAUGCAGGGCGAAAUCCACCACCUGAGCCAUGUAAUGCUGCAUACCACCAGAACCCACCGGCAACUGCUAGGACCAGACAAAAUGAAGUACAUGUGGUUCCUGAUGGUGACGCAAUCCAAGGUGAUUUUUACGGAGGAGUACGUAUGUUGGAGUUGAAGGAAUUUGGCAGAGGUCCUCCAUGGGUAUUACCAAUCUUCGUUGGCGAUCCAGCCCAGACUGACAUGCUGCAAG